AGGAAACAAAGGUGGUUGUUAUAUUUGUUUGAAGUUUAAACGAAGUUUUAUCGAGGAAAAAUUUGCGAGAUAUUAAGAAGAUGGUGCGAAUUACCGAAGAAUUGGUGCGUAAAAAAUCGGAACAUAAUGAAUUGCUGAUCAGUACUCUGGAGGAAUUGUCCCUACACCAGGAAGACAUUGAACGCAUUGAACAUCUACACAAUUGGUGUAGGGAUUUGAAAAUUUUACUUUUGCAAUCGAAUCUUAUAUCGAAAAUUGAAAAUCUAUAUAAACUCAAACGUCUGGAAUAUCUAAAUUUGGCUCUCAACAAUAUCGAGCGUAUUGAGAAUUUGCAGCAGCUGGAGUCUUUGAAUAAAUUGGAUUUAACUUUAAAUUUUAUUGGGGAACUGACAUCAAUAGAGAGCCUUAAGGAUAAUUACAACUUGAGAAUUCUUAUCUUAACUGGAAACCCCUGCUGUGAUUAUGCCCAUUAUCGUGAAUAUGUCAUAGCCACUUUGCCACAAUUGGACAGUUUAGAUUGUCAGGAGGUUACAUUGACACACAAGUUGCAGACAAAGCCCCAUCUUCGAGAAUAUCGAGCAGCAGUGGUUCAGAAACAAGCUCUCUAUGCCAUACAAAGAGAUGAGCAGAAGAUACGCUUUCAACAACAAAAGCAGGAGCUGGAAGCCAAAAUGUCCACAAUUGAAGAUGAAUGUGAGCGUAUUAAAGUAUUUUGGGAUUCGAAAAGUGAAAACUGUCCGGAAAUUCGCAAUGAAAUGGCAAAAUAUCAAAAAAUGUGUCGUCAAAAGGUUGAUGACUCGGAAGAAAAAAAGCCUCCCAAAAAAGAACCCAAUUUGUUUGCUCCUUGCGGUCGUCCAUACAAUAUAAAUAAACCUCAAUUGCCGUUUGCAUUGAAAGAUGAAGUCCAUGCAUACAUAUUGGAACUGGAGGUGUAUAAAUAUCUUGACACUUCUCAUAUUAAAGUCGAUGUAGAGGUUAACUAUAUUCGUGCUGUGGUCAAAGGAAAAAUAUUUCAAAUAGCCUUGAAUGAUGAAGUAAGACCCUCAGAUGCUAUAGUGCAACGUUCUCAAAUCACAGGACAAUUGGUUAUUACAGCGCCGAAGUUAAAUGAAAAUGAAAUUUUGUUGUCCAUAAAAUCUGAAGGCAAUGAUAUGAAAAAUACAUCUAUAAUGGGGAGCAAACAAAGUCAUACGAUUCUUACCGGAACUGUAGAUAUAAAGAGCAUAUGUAAUAAUGAAGACGAUCUGCCAGACUUAAUAUGAAGAACUCGAGGUUAACUUUUUUAAAUAUAAAAAAAUUUAUAAAAAAAGAAUUAAAUAAAGAUGCUUGCCGAUGGAA